UUGCAGUAUUUGGUGCUGCGUACUUCACACGGACACCGCUCAUUUAAACCAAACAUUGCACGUAAUAUCCACCGAAGGGGUUUUAUGCCCGUAUAAUUACAUACAAGUUCAAACCCAGAGUUAGUUUAAAUCUUAAAUGUUGUUUUACCUCUUCUAGUUCACCGUUAGCUUAGCUUCCUAAAGAAGAGGCUCUUGUUAUUUGACACUGUGGAGUCCAACAUGGAGGACAUGUACAUCAAACCAGGUAACCAGGAGCGAGGUUGGAACGACCCCCCUCAGUUCUCAUACGGCCUUCAGAUGGCCCGUGGACCACAGAGGAACCUCCUGAACAAGAGAGCAGCUCCGCCCUCAGGUGCGGGAGCCCCACCCUCGACCCCCCCUUCCGCCAAUCCCCUGGCUCCACCUCCAAGUGGCCCACCCCCUCUACACCCAGCUCGUCCUCCUCCUGGCUCUACAGUCAUGCCCCCUACUCCUCUAGGACCAGGUAGAAGUCAAAAAGAGGCCGACAGCAGCCAGUCAGAGAGUGAGCCUGAUGUAGAUGGUGUGAUGUCGGUGUUGAGCCAAGCACUCGCUGCCUGCAGACAAGCUGUUAAGGAUCAGGUGUGUAAUGACGUAGCCAAAAGGCUCCACCUCCUGGAGGACAGCUGGAGGUCAGGUAGACUGAGCCUAUCUGUCAGGAGACGCAUGACCGCGCUGUCUCUGGAUUUACAGGCAGGUCACUGGGACUCAGCUGAUGAGAUCCAUCGCUCCCUGAUGGUCGAUCAUGUGACUGAAGUCAGCCAAUGGAUGGUCGGCGUUAAACGACUCAUCGCUGAAACCCGAAAACUUAGUCCAGAACUUUUAGAACCACUUCUGAAACCUGCAGAACCAGGGCAGGAUUCAGUAGAACCAGACCAGGAAGCUGUAGAACCAGACCAGGAAGCUGCAGAACCAGUCAAAGACUCGACAAAACAAGUCCAGGACCCAACAGAACCAGUCCUGAAUCCAGUCGCUGAGUCCUGACUCUAUUCAUCCUGCAGGCAUCGGCUGAUAUCUUUCUGCUCUUGUCAAACUUUGACUCUUUUAACUAAAACCAAGGUGUGAUCCUACAAAAAUUCUCACAUUUAUAUUCAGACUACAGCAAGGGGACAAAGGUCAGAACAGCAGCAGCAGGUAGGGGGUCAAUAAGAUUUCAAACUGUCAGGUUACUCCUCAGUGGAGUGGUGGAGAGUUGAAAGUGAGGUGAAGAUGCAAGCCCUUUUUUUACACAGAGAUACUGCAGCACUGCUAAAAAGAAGCCUCCUCAUUAAGACAGCUUUUCUUUUUACACUCAACCACAAUGGCGGUACUGGUGCAAACCCAGAGAUUCUACCGUUGCUAUGGUUAUUAACGUUGAAAACAGUAUUCGAAAUAAGACAGUGUUGUAUUGUCUGCACGGAAAAAGAGGCACAAGACUGAUGAAGAGAGCAAGAAAUGCUCCUUUUCUACAGUUUAGUUGUCUCAAAACCUGUGCAAAUAAAUUGCAUAAAUGCAGACCUCUGUACAUGUAGCUGUGAUGAGUGGAAGACUUACCCCAUACACUCAAAACUGCUCAAGACCCGCUUGCACGCCAAGGUGAUUUUCGAGACUUUCAAGGCGGGGACAGUCUCUUGUGUCUAAUUAGACUCAUGAUAACAAUAAUAGCAUGUAUGAGUGAAUGAGCUGGUCCCCCAUACAUGCUUCAAUUCAGGUUCAUUUUAUUUUGGGUUCCUAGUAGAGCAGGUUUACAUGCUUUAAUGCUCAAAAACACGAGUUUUCUCAUACUGUCCAGUUUAGCAGUACUGCAUUCUUCUUCUGCCUGAAACACUCUGUUUUAGCUCCUGUCACUUUAAGCUCCCCCCCUUCUGAAUACCCAGUCUUCCCUGAUUGGUCAGCUCACACAUGCCUGAGGCAGCACCACUCACUGUGUCUCAGGCCCAGUGAGUUUCUUCUGUGGGAUAAAGGAGCUUCUUUUGGCAUAGACUUUGAUCCUUUUGAUUUUCUUUUACAUGUAUGAGAACCCAUAACACAUUGAAGCAAAGGAAAGAAACAAAGCAUAUUAGGUCUAUUUAAUGCUGCCUCAGUGUGUGAUUUAUUAUUAUUUUUUAGAUGGCAUGUCAGCGUGAUAUGGCACACAACAGCACUUGAUUUGUCUGAGGGGGGGCCACAGUGUCAGACUAUGAAAAUCUCCACAUUAGUCUCUAGAAUCUACUUCACAGCACAGUAGUAACCAUCCUGAGCCAUGACCCUUGUAUGUGGCCUGUUUCUGGACAUUUUCACCAAUCACAGCAGAGCAGAUGCAUUAAUGGUUAACCUCAGUUUAAGAUGGUGACAGUGUGAUUCAUGAACACGUUUAAGAUUCUGAAAUGGGAAUAAAUCUCUUCUUUCUAUAAUGCAACCUC